AUGGGAUGGGAUGCUUUCGGUCUUCCCGCCGAAAAUGCCGCUAUGGAGCGGGACGUUCAUCCUGCUGAUUGGACCAUAUCAAAUAUAUCUUCGAUGAAAAAACAAAUGGAGAGAAUUUUAGCAGAUUUUGAUUGGGAUAGAGAAGUUACCACUUGCAAUCCAGAUUAUUACAAAUGGACACAAUAUCUUUUUCUCCAAAUGUAUAAAGCACGUCUCGCUUAUCAAAAAGAGGCCAUUGUUAAUUGGGAUCCUGUUGACCAAACAGUUCUGGCCAAUGAACAGGUGGAUUCUGACGGGAGAUCCUGGAGGUCAGGUGCUAAAGUUGAACGACAUAAAUGGCCGGAUCAUGUAAAGCAAAUGCAAAGAAAUUGGAUAGGAAAAUCUAAGGGAGCUGAAUUUGAUUUUAUAGUGGAAUCAAAAAGAUCCGGGUUCAUAGUUAAGGUAUUUACGAGUAGACCUGAUACCAUUUUUGGAGUACAAUAUAUAGCUAUCUCUAUAGAUCACCCCCUUUUGUCAGAAGAGUGGCUUCCACAAAAUACUUGCUCUCAAGUUUUGCAAUUUGUGGAAAAAAUCAGGCAACAACAAUUAUUUGAUUUGAAUGAUGUAAAUAUUGAGCAAGGAAUGCAUACCGGUGUUUUCGCAAAGCAUCCAAUUACAGGUUUAUCCAUUCCCAUUUAUGUAGCAUCCUAUGUGGUUCCCGAUUACGGAACAGGUGCGGUGAUGGGCGUUCCUGCACAUGAUGAACGCGACUGGGAAUUUGUAAGAGUAAAUCGUAUCAUUUCCGAGGAAAAUCUUAAAAAAGUCAUUAUACCUGUAAUUCGAGAUAAUUCAAAAGUAACAGAGAUGCAGCAUAGCAAUAAAGUUUUUACUUCGCGUGGAAUAUUGUCAGCGGAAUGUGGUCAAUAUUCUGGUCUUUCGAGUGAUGAUGCAGAGAAAGCAAUUGUAAAUGAUGCACAAAAAGCGGGAUAUGGACGCUGGUCAGUUCAGUAUCGUCUUAGAGACUGGCUGAUUUCCAGGCAACGUUAUUGGGGUGCACCAAUCCCGGUCAUACAUUGUGCGAAAUGCGACGUUGUUCCUGUUUCUGAGUCUGAGCUACCAAUACUUUUACCCGCUAAUGUCACCUUUUCCGGUCGUGGAGGUUCUCCCUUAAAGCAAGUGCAAGAAUGGAUAAAUUGUAAAUGUCCAAAGUGCCAGGGUCCUGCUAUGAGAGACACUGAUACGAUGGAUACUUUUGUUGAUUCAUCGUGGUAUUUUAUGCGAUAUGCGGAUUCAAAAAAUUCAAACCAGCCGUUUUGCCCUAAGAAAGCAUCUAAUUUACUUCCAGUUGAUGUCUAUAUUGGUGGCAUAGAACAUGCAAAUUUGCAUUUGUUGUAUUCUCGGUUCUUUACCAAAUUUAUGUUCAAGCAGGGUAUGUUUGUUUUGAAAGGGGAUAUUACCGAACCCGAACCAUUUAAACAGUUGGUUACACAGGCAUGUAUCAUUGUUGUUACAAAAUUCAAUCCAAGAUUUAGUACAUAA